ACGUAACCUAGCAGCAGGACGCUGACGUGAGGAGAAGCAACAGAAACCCUGUUGGGCUAAUUUUCGCCGUCAAGUUUGUACAUUCCUUUACUUUGCCAGUCAUUUAACUCGGAGAAUUUAACUCAAGAAAAUCCCAGCAGGAUGAAGCAGAAAGAGUCGGCGGAGUCCUUCAGGAACGAGCCGGUGUCGGAUCCAUCGAUCCUGUCCAGGAAGGAAAUAGCCCUGUACAGGAACUGUCCGAAGCAGUACGUCUGCGUGGAGAUGCUCCAGGACGGUUACCACGGGGCGUUCUCAGAGCUCUUCUCUCUGCUGCGCUCGGAUCAGGACCAGAGGACCCAGGCCCUGCCCGGGUCGGCCCGGCUGCAGGCCCCGCCUCUGGAGGACCAGCGGGACAAACUGGAGACCAUCCGGCUGCACCUGAGCCUGGCCGAGAAGGCAGAGAGGGAAGGCGCCUGGACAGCCGUGUGUGAGGAACGCCUGCGUUUAGGGCGCUACUUCUCCAGCCAUCGGGACUUCAGGCUCAGCUUUCACUUCUACCACAGCUGCGCCGACAGAGAGCGCGGAGGACGGUCCAGGCCGGCCACAGAGGCCAGGCUCCACCUGGCGGAGUUGUACCGGCAGCACGGGGAUCCGGAGGAGGCGAGGCAGCAGGCGGAGAUGGGUCUGAAGCAGGCGGAGCAAGGAGGCUGGCUGGACUCGGACGGUCGGCCCCUGAGGCUCUGGGCCUGCAGGGAAAUGGCGAAAAGCUGCAGUCUGCUGGGGGAAGCCUUCCACGCAGAGAAAGACUUCGACACGGCCAAGAAGCUGCUGCAGUACGGCUCCAAAAUGGCCUUGGAAGGUGAGGACAGGUGUGUGGAGGGGGAGGUGCUCUUCAAGCAAGGACUGAGCUUACAGAGUUUAGGGGAUCACGGCGCAGCCAGACAGGCCUUCAGCACCUGCCUGCAGAUCUUCAGCGAGCUGCAAGACGUCAACGCGCUGGUGAGGAACUACAAGGCCAUGGCCAAGUCCUUGGAGAGCGAAGGCAACGUCCAGGAGGCUCUGUGGCUGCUGGAGGAGGCGGCCAACACCUGCCGGAGCAGCGGGCUGCGGGGCGAGCUGGCGGACGUCUGCCUGCACCUGGGCAACAUCUACUGCCACCUGGGUCAGCCGAAGAGAGCCUGCGAGUACUUCCUGCAGGGCUACAAAGCCGCCUGCAGCACAGGGGACGUAACUCUGCUGCAGAAAGCGCAGGUGAAGCUCGGCGUUACGUGCGCACACGUUUACGUCGGACAGUACAGCGGCGACAUGCAGGCGGCCUCCUCGACCUCCGUGAAGCGACUGGUGAGCUGGAAGGAGACCAGAGGACUCCAGGACCUCUUUCCAGACUUGGCAGAGUGAAAUCCUGCGGCCUCGCCAAAUGAAAACAUCAACUUCUCAGCAUUUGUCUGUCCGUUAAAAGGUUUUACUGUAUUUCACAUUUAUAAAACUAUUUAAAACCAUUUGAUUUCAUUUAUAAGCAGCUUACACCGUCCUUAUUGAGGCUAGACAUAUUUCAUAUUACUAAAGAUUAUUCAUAUUAUUUGAUUUCAUAAUAUUUUUCAUCAUUUAAAUAAUAACAUGGUAAACUGCUAAUAAAGAUAGAAAUU